AAAAAUUGAAAAAACUGAAUCGUCCUCUAUCCCUGAAUCGUCUCUCACUUUUUCAUAAUUGUACUAUGAAAACAAUGGAUCCUUCAGUGUGUGAGUUUAUUGCUGAAAAUGAAAUAAUUCAGAUAUUGCCAAAUUUUAAUGAACGUACAAUUCAUUUAAUUUCUGGGGAUUUUGGUCCAUUUGAAGCUGGAUCGCCUGUAACUGUUCCUUUGUGGUUUGCAUUGCAAUUGAAGUAUAAACAUAAAUGUAAAAUUGUGCCCCCAGAAUGGCUAAAAGUUGAUGAAUUAAAAAAGCUAGUUGUGGGGGAAACAGAGAGGACAACAUUCUCGCCUUUACCCAAUUGCUUUUUUGAAAUUGCUCACAUUUUAGUUACAAAUGCUUACUCUGAUUUGGAAAAUGUUGAACAGUUAAAGAUGCUUGUUAGAGACCUACAAGACAAAAGGGAAGCAAAAAUGCGAACUUCUAUAAUCAAAUUUAUGGAGCAAUUUCAAAAGGAGAAGGACGACAUUUUUUCUGACAAAGCUGUCAUUCACGCAAAUGCACAGCUGAACAAUCUUUCUAGGCUAGAGAUAUGCUAUUUUCGAGCUGCUCUAACAGAACCGAGCAAAUGGCUAGAUAAACUUUUUUCAGUGAUGCAUGGUGGAAUGAAAUCAGAAGGAAUUGAUGACUGA